GACACCAAAAUAAAAAAAGAGAGAAGAAAGAAAGUAUUGAAGUUUGAUUCCAGAAAGGUCUGAAUUCUGAGGGUUCACCUAAACCGAAGCCGCAUGAGUAGUUAGGACAAUAAAGAUCCACCAACAAAAGUGCCAUGGACGACCAUUUUUCUUUAUUGAAGGUCCAAUGGGGUUGUUUAGGUAGUUAAGCGAUUAAAAGAGAGUGCAAGAGAACACAACAUUUCGGAAACUUUCACUGUUUUUUUCGCCAAACCCAUUGGUUACAUACACACACACACAACAAUGGCGGACUUACCAAACCAAACGUUGGACAAUGCUUCUUUUGUUUUACUUUAAUUUUUUUUUCUUCCCCAUUUGCUCUUUCUCCCCCUGACAAUCCAAAGUUCCUUCCUUUACUUUAAAACUCAACACACACAGAGAAACAGAGAGAGAAAGAGAUGGCGACCAUUGCUGGAACAUGUCCUUUAGGAACAUUGCUCAGAAACAGUGUCUCAGAAAACAAUAGGAAGAACUCUGUGGUUCAUUAUGAGGGGCUUAGGUUGCCACAGAGAACGCAAAUUCCUUCUUCACUUACAACUAGUCCAAGCCACUACAUUUCAGCUUCUUCAUCUCCAAGAUGCAGGACAAUCAAGGCCAUGGCUUCCUCAAGCGUUGCAGCACCAAAGAGAGAAAAGGAUCCAAAAAAGAGGGUAGUUAUAACAGGAAUGGGUCUUGUGUCAGUCUUUGGCAGUGACAUUGAGACCUUUUACAACAAACUUCUUGAGGGAGAAAGUGGGAUAAGCCUAAUAGAUAGGUUUGAUGCCUCAAGUUUCUCUGUCCGAUUUGGAGGUCAGAUACGUGAUUUCUCUUCAGAAGGUUACAUUGAUGGCAAGAAUGAUCGGCGCCUUGAUGAUUGCUGGAGGUAUUGCAUUGUAGCAGGCAAAAGGGCACUCGAUGAUGCCAACCUUGGACAACAAGUCCUUGACACUAUGGACAAAACAAGAAUAGGAGUUCUGGUGGGAACAGGAAUGGGAGGUUUAACGGCUUUCUCUUCUGGUGUGGAAUCUCUUAUCCAGAAGGGAUAUAAGAAAAUUACACCAUUUUUCAUUCCCUACUCCAUCACCAACAUGGGUUCUGCUUUGUUGGCUAUAGACACAGGCCUAAUGGGUCCAAAUUAUUCCAUUUCCACUGCUUGUGCAACAGCAAAUUACUGCUUUUAUGCGGCUGCUAAUCACAUCAGAAGAGGUGAAGCAGAUAUCAUGGUGGUUGGUGGGACUGAGGCUGCAAUCAUGCCUACUGGUGUUGGGGGUUUCAUUGCUUGCAGGGCUUUGUCUCAGAGGAAUGAACACCCCAAGAAGGCUUCACGACCAUGGGACAAAGAUCGUGAUGGCUUUGUAAUGGGUGAAGGAUCUGGUGUGCUGAUAAUGGAGAGCUUGGAGAGUGCAACGAAGAGGGGAGCCACGAUAAUAGCAGAAUAUUUGGGAGGUGCCAUAACAUGUGAUGCUCAUCACAUGACUGAUCCAAGAUCUGAUGGACUAGGAGUUUCAUCUUGCAUAACCAAGAGUUUAGAAGAUGCUGGAGUUUCUCCCGAAGAGGUGAACUAUGUGAAUGCUCAUGCCACAUCAACAUUGGCUGGUGAUCUGGCUGAAGUUAAUGCAAUCAAAAAGGUUUUUAAGGAUACAUCAGAGUUAAAAAUGAAUGCAACUAAGUCAAUGAUUGGACAUGGUCUUGGGGCUGCUGGUGGUUUGGAAGCCAUAGCAACUAUCAAAGCCAUAACAACUGGUUGGGUGCAUCCAACCAUUAACCAAGAUAACUUGGAGCCUAGUGUUACAAUUGACACAGUCCCUAACGUUAAGAAGCAGCAUGAAGUUAAUGUUGGUAUAUCCAACUCUUUUGGUUUCGGUGGACACAAUUCAGUAGUUGUCUUUGCCCCAUUCAGGCCAUAAAGUAGAAUUGAAACUUUCUUUUUCUUUUCACAUUUUGAAAACCAAUGAUUUUUGGACAGAGCAUAGUUGUUUUAUAUGUACUGAAAUCAUAGCAGGGGGUAUGAGAGUGACUAGUCAUUAUGACAAUGUGUGGUUAAGUGUGAUGAGCAAUGAAGACAAUAAAAUGUUAUUUUCAGCAA